CGUGUACCCAUGACUAAUGUUGUUACCAGUUGGCCAAUUGAGAAUACUUCAUGUGCGAAAAAUGUCGGCGGUUCAGUUUUAAAAGGCGAGGGGAUACUGCAUGGUUUUAGUAUAUAGAAUUAUCAAGCACUUGCUUUGGGUUAUUCGCUUCAUAAAGCUUCUGCAGAAAUCGCAAACAAGGUCUCUGAUAAUUCUCGAUAUCAUUCUUCACCAGAAUCACUCUAUAAUUGUUAAUUAUACGUUUUUCGUUAUUUUUAGCAACUGAAAUUUCCAGCUGUUACUAUUUGUAACUUGAACAUGAUCAAGAAUAAUAGAUUACCGAACGAGUUGAGCGAUGUUUUUACUUCAAAUGAGACAUCUCAGAAGGUUAAAUAUACAGAAAUCAACAUAACUCGUGGUAAGUUAUAAGACAAUUAUGUAAUCAAUCAGCUAAUCAGUCAAUCAAUUACGUAAUUAAUUAUACAUCUAAACUAUUAGUCAAUUGUUAUUCAAUCAGUUAAUCGAUCAAUCAUAAAAGCAAUCAAUCAUGAAAUCAAUAGUUAAUGAUGCAUUCAAUCAAUCAAUCAAUCAAUCGAUGGCAUGAUUCAAACAGUCAAACCUACAAUCUUUCAAUUACAUUUACAGUGCUCUAUGCUAAAUGGCGUUAUGGCAGCGAGUCGCGAAGUUACAUCUGAUCGAGGGGGGUAUUAUUCUGAGAAAUGCGUACGAGGAUUUUUAGGAUUUCAAAAUCUCUGCAAAAAUAUCCUUUUCUUUGCGAGAUUUUAAGCGGACUUUAUUGAGACGUUUUUAUAGGUUGGCCAGUUUCUAUAGAAGAUUUUAAAGAGAAUUUGGGCUAUUGAAUAGGUUUUUGCGGAUAUUUCAAAACGCGCCUCGGAUCUGGUCACUGACAAAUUAAAGAUAAAAACCCUCAGGAAAUUGUACCAGGAAAAUUAUACCAGAACACAUGCAUAUAUAGGUAUACAGUGUUAAACUGUUUUAAAAACAACAUUUGAACAAAAGCUUGUUUAAUUUUUAGACAAUAAAGACAAAACGGAAGGUUAUGGAUUCGACUACUCUGAGUAUGCGGCCGACGAACAAACUAAGGAAAACCUGGAAAAUAAUGACGACUAUGCCGAAAUUUCUGAAGAAUACCCGGAUAAAAGCGAUGUAGGUGAAAGCACAAAGUUAAGACAAGCAGUUGAUCUGCUUAUCGGAAGUGUAGAUGUCAGACAGCUGUAUGAUAACGGCCAUUCAAUGGAGGACCUAAUUAAGAGUUGUAGUUGGAAAGGCUUGAACUGCAAAAAUGGGUAAGAAAAGCUCUAUAAAACACAAAGAUCGCAGUAUUUAUUGAUUUUAAUUCAUAUUUUAACAAACGUUCUACAAUUGGGAACUAUGGGGUUGCUAUUUUACUGGAUUACUGGGAGUGGGAAUGACAGACAUAAAAAUGCAUUGCAAUGGCAAAACCCAUAUAUCACCAUUAUAAAGACAGUUGGACAUUUCAGAGUUUAAAUUAGUUCAUGGAAGACUGCAUUCUGCCCUCGCCCGCGGCUCGAGGUCAUUUUUCUGCUGCCUGUUCUGCUGGUGCGAGUCAGUAAAAGCCUGGUUUUCAUAUGGUCGUAACGGUCGUAAAAAUUGAGUCACGAUCUAUAUAGAUCUUUCUCAUCAACCGAAAUACAACAUUUUAGAACUGAAAAUACGCGGAGUGAUUAUAACUAGCUGGAGAAUACUUAUGGAUGUGGUAUGCAAGUAUAAACUAUUAUAAACUGAUAUUUUCUUCUGUUGGUGUAAUGUACUCAGGUGAAUAAGAUGCUUGUGAUGUUACUCUGGGUGUAUAUCCACACCGGGCAGGCUUGGUGGGAAUCGAGUCUACAACCUUUGCAAUACUAUUAACUAACUUUGGAAUAUUAUAAACUGGCCGUUGAGAAAGAUCGUGACUCUAUUUUACGACCAUUAGGACCAUAUGGAAACCAGGCUUAUAAUGUGUGACAGAAAAUGACAGGCAUAUGAAUACAGACUUUCAACCUCUUAUUUCGUAAAGCAGAAUAUUUGGUCAGUCACUGACACAUAGGUGAAAUACCUCAUCAGGAUAUUCUUUUAAGUUUACAAUAGACCUUAUGCAUAAUGACGUCACAGGGCUUGAUGCCCGCGAGGAAUGCUGGUCUUAGUAGUCAUCGCUCGGGAAAAUUUCGAUAGUGGCCAUUUUGAAUUGUUUAAUUUUCCCGGGCGAUGACUACUAAGACCAGCAUUCCUCGCGGGCAUCAAGCCUUGUGACGUCAUUAUGCAUAAGGUCUAUUGAAAUUGGGAUUUGGCCAAAAAUGGCCGGAUUUAGAAACACUGCAUGGGCUGCGAAAUAGACUUUUAGGAAGUGUAAUUUUAGAGUAAUUACUGUAAUUUAUUUCAUGUGUCCCAAUUACUUGGUUACUUUGAUUUGUAACUCGCUAAACAACUAUAGAUACUAUAAUUUUUUAUCUCCUAGUAUAGUGUAAGCUGAUUUAUAGCAGUAUCAGAUUAAAGAUUAAAGAUUAAAGAUAAAGGCACACAAAUAAAGUUACUGGCUUAAGUUUCACGUUAACCGUCUUUUGCAGAAAGAUCAGUAAACACUGGACUCAAAGCUGGAACUACAAGUAUGGAAAUUGUUACACUUUUAACAAUGGCGUUGAUAAGGACAAGAAUCCAAUGCGAAUUCUAAAAGCUUCAAAGCCUGGGCCAUCUCACGGUAGUUGUUAAUUGAUUAAAUUAAUCACACAACAAAUACUCAGAUAUUUCUCAUAUUUGUACAUGGCAGUGCAUGUUGGUCGAAAACACCAAUGAGUUUAAAUACACACAGUUGAUCUCAAAAGUAGGAUGAGAGAGUUGGUCAACUGUCUAUAAAUGAAGCAAUGAGCUCCAUAUAUAUUUUUUCCAAAAUUUUAGGGUAAAGAUCUACCUAAAAUGAUCAUGCAUGUUUUGUGAUUGGCUUUCAGAAACAAAUCAGGAAAGGUCGUAGGUUCGAUUCCCACCGUGGCCAGGCAUAUUUUUCAAGCUUGCCCGGUGUGGAUAUACACUCAUGACUAGUUAAUCUUUAGAAAGACGAUUUCUAUAGUUUUAUUGUCUUUCAUUGUUAUAAUCAACCAACCACGAGCCUGGAUAGUAUAGGUAGAUGAUGACCCAAAUUUUGCCGCCGUCAUGCGAGUAUACAAUUUCGCAAAACCGACGUCAAGAAUCGCUCAUCUCGUACUGUUUAUAUCUAAGUAACUUACCACUUGUGUAAUGUUUAUCGAUCAAACUAGAAAUCGUCAUACUCAGUUUUACAACUUUCCAAACACGUCAUUUUCUUAACUGGUCAAUAUAACUUCAUUUAAACAUUUCUACGGUAAUCCCAAUGAUAAAAAGAAAAUUAAUCCUUUUCUCAGAUUCGUCCCCACGCCACGCUGAAGACUUAAUUUAUUACAAAUUUAAAAGAGACCAGUUUGUAUUGUUUCUUAAAAAACUCAUUAAUAAUUUAUGAGGAAACUUGACAAAAGAAAUCACUAUACUGUGUCGGUGGUUUUAUUGAUGUGACCUUAAGGCUGAUUUCCACUGUUGCGUUUUUCAUACGUACGUAUACGCACGUAAAACUUUAAAUCCGUUUAAAUGUUACUUAUGAAAUAACCAAAUUUUAAAAUAAAGCAACAGAAUUUAAGUUUUAGUAUGCAUUUGUUAACUUAUUUGUAAAAUAUUUAAAAAAUAGAAGGAUUCCAAGUUUUACGUGCGUGUACGUACGAAAAACGCAACAGUGGAAAUCAGCCUUUAUUGAUAUUACGUUUUACGUUACCUAAAAGUACGUGGUGUUUGAAAUUUAGAAGUUUUUUUUCAUGGGUACAUUUAAGUACACACGUUAAAACACACUAUAUACGGGUUAAUUUAAAACGAAUGUCUUGAUGUGAUUCUUGAUUGCGAUUUUGGUAUAAGGUUCAUCGUUAUAAUAAUUCCAUACAUGUAUAUCAAAUGCUAUAAUGGGUUUCGAUAUAAUUAGAGAAUAAAGAUAAUUUUCACAAAUGGAAAUUAAGAAACUUCACUAUGUCAAUCAGUGAGAUUAUUAGAUAUUAUUUUCUUUAGUGAAACCAGACUUGAUUCAACAACAUCCGAUAAUUGUUUUGUUUUAUUUCCAGGCUUAACCUUGCAAUUAGAUAUCGAACAAUCUCUGUAUAUCGGGGCUCUGACACAGGGAGCAGGUGUUCGUGUGACAUUGCAUGAACAAGGAGUCAUGCCCUUUCCUUACGAAGACGGGUUUAGUGUCGCCCCUGGCAUGGCUACAUCUGUCGGACUAAGAAAAGUAAGUCAAUUAUUAACCCAAAUUGCGAUACAGGGUACAUGUCUAAAAAAACUAGACAAGUUUCAAAUGUGCAUGCACUUGAUCGAAAUAUCAGAAACUGUUGUGAAAAUUCAUUUGAGUAUUGGUUGUUAAAGCUAUGAUCUUCUGAUUUCUACAACACUAAAAUUUUUCUAAAAAUUAGUGUGCAAAAGGGGUAUUUUCGGCAACAAAAAUGGAAGGUUCAAAAUGAAAUAUGAAUUCACACGGUACAAGGUUAAAAUGUGCUUUAUGAACUUUCACAAAGUGAGAGACAAUUAUUUAAGGAAAAAAAGACGUCCACCGUGAAAACUCGAACUUUUGGCGGAUUUGAAAAUAAAUAAGAAGAAAUGUAACCAUGCAUGACAUGUUAUUGUAUGAAAUGUAUGAAAUUCAUAUAGCACAAAAGUCCAAAUCUAUUGACCUGGACAGCCCGGUAAGGAUAUACUGUACAUCAAAUUGUUAUGUUAUGCAAGUUUCAACACAUCCCCCCCAAUUAAUUCAAUUCUGCAUGAGGUAACCGAAUAUCAGAGGAGUGUGUCCUUUAUAUUAAAAACUGAAGUAUCCGUAUUAGAGAGGUAUAUCCGUAUUAGAGAGGCGUCCGUAUUAGAGAGGCGUCCGCAUCAGAGAGGUGUUCAUAUCAGAGAGAUGUCCAUAUUAAAGAUAUGUCCGUAUAUUAGAGAGAUGUUUGUGUUAGAGAGGUAUCCAUAUUUGAGAGGUGUUCAUUAUUAGAAAGAUGUCCAUAUUAAAGAUAUGUCCGUAUUAGAGAGAUGUCCGUAUUAUAGAGAGAUGUCCGUAUUAGAAAGAUGUUAAUUCGUAUGAGAAAGGUGUCCGUGUUAGAGAGGUGUCCGAAUCGGAGAGGUUUCCGUAUUAGAUAGGUGGUCGUAUUAAUUAGAUAGAUGGUCUGUAUAUUGCAGAGGUGUUCGCGUUAGAAAGAGGUCUUUAUACUUGUGUUAAUGAUUCGAACCUUAACCUUUAUAUUUCUUUAGACAGUGAUCAAAAGAUUGGACGGAUUUAAUAGAAGAGAUUGUCUAACAGACCCAACUCCUUCUAAAAAAAACAUCUAUAGGAUAUUUAGCAACAUCACAAACUAUUCCCAGCAGGUUUGUUAACAGUUAGGAAACAGUAAUAUAGGUUAGCAACAUGUUACAUAAGCUUUAUUAAAGUGUCUAAUCUUCUAGCCGACCGAAGGUCUACUAAUCAGGGACACGAUAUUAUUUGAACAAACUUAAAACCAAAGCUUACACUUUGCGCAACCAUCAAUGAUUAAAUGAUGAACCUGGCUUUGUGAAUCUUGUGUCAUGUCUUUUAUCUUCAAAUGAUUCAAUGUUUUUUUUUAAAUGCUAAACAUUGUGUUGUAAAUACCAUAUUAAAAUGUACGUUAUGUAUAAAAUGUUAGGUUUUUAAAAUCUCCUAGUGGAUAGCAUAUCGCAAAACCUCAUCAGUAAAUUUGAAUUGUUUGAAGGCUAGUUUAAACAAGUUAAUGACCGAGUUGUCGUAUAAACAUACUAUGCAAAUACUUAAAUAAAGAUUCAGUCUAUCUACAGUAUAAUGUAACGCGGUAUAUUCGAAAAUAUGUUUCAGAAAACGCAGGAAAUGCAGUCGUAGGGGUGGAAAAAUACGGAGAGAGACACAUUAAGAAGGCCUCCCUCCAGUUUCUCCUCAUUUUAAAAUAAUUAACAAAAUUGGUCCUGAAGAAAGAUGGGGGGCGGGGGGUCCGGACCCCCCAUCCCCCCCCCCCCAGUGGCUACAUGCCUCUGAGGAUAUUAUCACUAUGUUCCUGAGGACAGCACGAAUUGAAAAUAAACUAGUAUACUAACUUCUAAAAUGAUCUCUUCAACAGGCAUGUCUCAACUCUUGUCUUGGGAAAACUCAAUGGUUUACAUGUGGAUGUUCUGAGUCAGCCUACCCGUCAGGAAACAUCCCUUGUGAUGCCUUUAACACAAAAGAAAGUAAGAUACUUUUGCAUGUUGUAAAUAAUAUAUACUCCGGAUCAAUGCUGUAAGUAACUUCGUUA